GGACGGAGGUCGAGAGUCGCGGGUUGGCUCACUCUGCGGCUCCCGCCGCUCGGGAGCAGACACGCGGGGCCAAAGACUAAUUUGAACCUAUUUUAUUAACAAAACAAAAACAUACAUAUUUGUAAAUAACACUAAAUAACACGAAGUAAUACACACGUCUCCUAAAGUCUCUUUAUCUACUCUAAAUAAAAAAAAAAAAGAAUAAAGGAAACUCUUAGACCUCUGUAAAAAAAAGAAAAAGCGAACAAACAAAAAAGAACAAAAGGAACGCAAGCGACAAAGUUAAUACUAUUUCCAGUCCCUAAGCGAAUCGUUACGAAGCCUAUAACGCGACGGAAACGAGGAUACGUGUGAGGAUAAAGCGAGGGAAAGAGAGUGGCCUAGAGAGAAAGAGAGAGAGAGAGAGAGAAAGGGGGAGGCUAUCGGUGGUGUCGGCAAGAGAAAGGCGCGCGUGCGAGAAAGAGAGAAAGAUAGAGAAGAAAGGAAGGAAGGAAGGAAGGAAGGAAGGAAGGAAGGAAGAGCGGAAGAAGAGAGACGAACGAGAAGGCAAAGGAUCGAACGUGGUUAAAGGCGAUCGUAAAACGCGUCAGCUGUGGGCGAAUCUCUUUUUAAGUUCUCUCUGUACUGUGUGACCCUUACAUUAUUUUGUCCCUCCAGGGACAGGUUCAGUGUUGUAACUUAGGAUAUAAGAAGAAUAAGAGCUCCUGGAACGCACAACAAGAAAGAAAAUUAAUAAAAGGGAAGAGUUGAAGAAAGAACGAGAGAAAGAGAGUGUGUGCUUGUGAGAGAGAGCGAGAGAGAGAGAGAGAGAGAGAGAGAGCGCUUGCGUGCGUGCGUGUGUGUGUGUGUGUGUCAGGAAGAGAAAGAGAGAGAGAGAGAGAAAGAGAGAUUCGAGAAAGGACUGAGACUGAGAAAGAAAGAGAACCAAGGUCGAAGAGGUACAGAGAACACUAAGAGAUAGAGGUAGACGAAGACGGGAGAAGAGAAGAAAACGAAGAGAAGAUUGUCGUCGAGAAAAUUGUUCGUUGAAUUAAUCUACGAGAAUAAAAUGGGGCUCCAGUUUUUUGUACUAACGCGAACAAGUAUUUGAAAAACGAAGAAGAGGAAGAGUACGGAAGAGAGAGUAUAUAAUAUUAUAUAGAUCGAGAAGAAGAAGAAGAAGAAGAAGAAGAAGAGGUUCGAUCUUUAUCACGGUGUCGGGACAGUUUCUAUCUCCACGUGUGUUGUCCAUUACACGACGUCGCAUCGAGAGAGGGAGGGUCGUCUUCAACGUUUGAUCGUGAAUCGUUUAUCUGUCUGCUGUGACUCUUGAUUCCUUUAGGGGAGAAGCGGGCGCGGAAAUAAAUUCGAUUGACUUUUGAAACGAGGGUAGAAUAAUUCGAACGAACAACCUGGCUCGCGUACACGAUUCUUUGGGGGAUAUGUCCUGCCGUUCUAAGGGGAAUCACCACCCACGUGCACGAGCCUCACGCAGAGGGCAACGUCAAGCGAGUCGUGUUUCCAUCCUAGAACCCGGCAGCAAGCUCUCCUGACAAAAAGAGUGCCGUCGUAGCUUGUCACGGUCUAGAAUCACCGCGAGCACCGACCAUUGUCGAGUCGCCAUAUCAGCCGCACACUCGUCCAAAUUCACGAGGAGCCUGGGGAUGUCUGCGAGGGCACAGAAACGGUCGCGCUACGCGUACGUUCAGGGACGAUGACGAUCGGCCACGAUCGGUAAGAUCCAAGAAGCGGUCGCUCUGACGAGCGCCACGGAAAUGGCGGGCUACAAUCAUUCGAAUCCACAGCGUGUCGUCUAUCAUGCGACCUACCCGACGCCACUCGCACCAAAUGGAGAUCCGAUAAAACUUCCGGAGAAUUUGGAGACCUUGCCACGAGCUGAACAUUUUCCAACUCAGAGGCACCGAUGGAACACCAACGAGGAGAUUGCUGCCAUCUUGAUCAGUUUCCAAAGGCACGCGGAAUGGCAAAGUCGGGAGGUGAAGGUACGACCUCGAAGUGGUUCGAUGUUACUGUACUCGAGAAAGAAGGUCCGUUACCGGCGGGACGGUUAUUGCUGGAAGAAACGGAAAGAUGGUAAAACUACACGGGAGGAUCACAUGAAGCUGAAGGUGCAGGGAGUCGAGUGCAUCUACGGCUGUUACGUGCACUCGGCGAUCCUUCCGACGUUUCAUCGGCGAUGUUAUUGGCUGCUACAGAAUCCAGACGUCGUCCUCGUUCACUACUUAAACGUUCCUUACCCGGACGGUGAUGCAAAGCUAGCGGCGCUGCCACCGUGUCUCGCACUGCCGCCAGACAAGAAGGAGUGGACGCGCGACGAGCUGGCCUCUCAGCUUAGACCUAUGUUCCUCGGUGGAGACGACGAUCCGAACAAUCCUCACCUUACCCAACACUCGAAUCAUCCCGUCGACAUGAUAGUUUCUCAACUGUUGGACAGACAGAGAGCAUCUUCCACUUCCUCCACCACCAGCACUCAGCUUGCACCUAGGAGAUUAACGCCGGACAAUCAGGUUUCUUCGACUACCGGAGGUCAGCAAUCGUCGACAUCAGCCUCACCGGCUCCUCGCGUAUACUCGAGACAUUCCCACACGACUCAAAGCCAACAACCGGCUCCUUUAGUUUUAAGUUUGCAACAGAUCCAAGGUGGUGGCGGUCUUCUGAUACUGAACAGCCAACCGUAUCACCACCAACAACAGCAGCAGCAGCAGCAGCAACAACAACAGCAGCAGCAGCAGCAACAGCAACAACAGCAGCAGCAACAACAACAACAGCAGCAGCAACAACAACAGCAACAACAGCAAAGCCAACAAGUGGAAAUGCAACAGGUUCCGGAGCAACAAAUUGUACAGCAGACGAGCGUGGACAGGGAGCAACAGACCCAGCAGGAAAUAGAAGCCCAGGAGAGUAUGGAUCGCAGCACGGUGCAAUCGUUGCCGAUCGGCGGCGCAGGGCCCGAGGUCACCGAUUUCGCCGAGACUUUGGACCUGAGUCAAGAGGACAUUCAGCGUACGUUAUCCGCGAACAUGGUACCACCAUCCCCGUCCCCCUCCCCGGCGGACAACAGCAUGAUCAAUCCGAUGGAUUUCAUCGACUCGUCGGACGACGUCCUCGUCAAUUUGGACGCGUUCGACGUGUUCGGUGAUUUGCCGGAGCUCCACGAUUUCGAGGCUGAGCAGACUAAGGCCGAGGAGAGGGGAGGGUCCGAUAACGACGUGGGAUGCCAUCCUGGAACAACCGUCCAUAUUGCGGAGUACAGCCCGGAGUGGAGUUACACGGAAGGUGGUGUAAAGGUAUUGGUCGCCGGUCCUUGGACCGGUGGGAGUAAUUCUCAAUCUUAUUCGGUGUUGUUCGACGCCGAACCGGUUGAGGCGUGUUUGGUACAACCGGGAGUGUUGCGGUGUCGUUGUCCAGCUCAUGCUCCGGGGAUAGCGUCUCUUCAGGUGGCGUGUGACGGUUUCGUCGUUUCCGACAGCGUUGCUUUCGAAUAUCGGCGAGCACCGACAACCGAGCCAAGCCCGGAACGAGCCCUCUUGGAUCGUUUGGCGGAUGUCGAGUCGCGUUUGCAAGGGCCGGGUCCACCGUCUCCCGCAGCGCAUCUGGAAGAACGACUAGUGGCGUAUUGUCAAGAUGCUGUUGUCCGUCCGUGGCGAGCCGGAGCGGAACCGUUACAAUCCGGCGGCCCCACUCUCUUACACUUGGCCGCGGGAUUGGGCUACUCCAGGUUAGCUUGCGCGCUCCUCCACUGGAGGGCGGAAAAUCCUAGCAGCGUGUUAGACGCCGAGGUCGAUGCCCUGAGGCAAGAUAGCGCCGGUCUCACGCCGCUCGCUUGGGCUUGCGCGGCAGGCCACGCGGAUACUGCCAGAAUUCUGUACAGAUGGAACGCGAUGGCGCUUCGCGUGAGGGAUUGUCAGAACAGAACUGCGACCGAGUUAGCGGCGGAGAACGGUCACACGGCGAUCGCUGAAGAAUUGAAUCGACUCGAAGCGAGAAGACAAGACGAGAGGCUUUUCUUGCGGCCUGCCAGCCCUAGCCCUAGGAGGCCAUCUCAAGACAGCGGUCUCGAUCUGGCGUUGUGUGGCUCGCCGCUGCUGGACAACAUGGAAUUGUUGCAAGAGGAUGACUCGUCAUUAGCCCUCAGCGAGCAGGGAAUGGAAAGCGCUCCGACCCCUCAGGAGACUGUAGGGGAAGAAGACGCGAGGGUGCUGACAUUGGCUGAGCAAAUUAUAGCAGCGCUACCGGAAAGGAUCAAGAGAGCGGAAGGUGAUUCUCCGUCUUCUUCCUCGCCACCUCCCCCGGCACCGCCCUUGUCAUCUCUGGAGGAUGCCCUGAUGGAACAAAUGCCGCUCGAUUCUGGAGAAUUGUUCGACUCGUAUCGCGAGUGCAGUGGAGGAGCGGCAUCGGUCUCGGAUGCUGACGCAGAUGCUAGUCCAUCGAGUCCAUCCAGCAGCUGCCUCACGCCGGACUCGCCGUCCCCACCGCCCACGACGGCCGACUUCUGCGAAUUCUUGCAGCUGCAGUUGCAGCUUGACGGAAGUAACGGCCAUAACGGCCAGUACUAUUCGGCCGGUGGGGAUCGAAAGUUCGGUAACGGCGUGAUCGGAUCUGGGAUUUGCGGAACUGUGACAGGUGGAGGUAACGGAAACGGUGAUGGGGGCGAAGCGGAUCUGAGCAGGCUAACUCUUUCGGAUCGGGAGCAAAGGGAGCUUUAUCACGCCGCCAGAAUGAUCCAGAAAGCCUACAGAAAUUACAAGGGGCGGCAGAGGCAGGAGGAAGCGGAGAGACACGCUGCUGUACUCAUCCAGCAAUAUUAUCGUCGACAUAAACAGUACGCUUAUUUUAGACAAGCUACGAAAGCUGCUCUGGUGAUACAAAGUAACUACAGGAAUUAUCGGUCGCGGCCUGGCUCGGCAAGCUCGAGGCAGCAGGCGGUUCAUCAGCAGGCUGCUCAUCAAGCUGCGAGGAAGAUUCAACAGUUUAUGCGGCAAUCGAAAAUCAAGCUGCAGAACGCCAGGGCCGCCGCAAACGGGAACGGGAGGCCGCCAGCGGGCAUUUUACGGGCGGUUGCUGCCCCCCAAAGCUCGCCCUCAUCUAGCCCAGGGGCCAGCCUAGUAGCCGCCAACCCAGAGGUCACUUAAUCGACUGUCGAUCGAACGGCACGCAAAAUGGCGACGACACGUCGGACGCAAAGUAACAGAGAGCCUAGAGAGCAACCCAAUUUUUAACGAGUGGUUCGCCAUGGUUUACGGGCCAAGUUAUAUUAUCACGGGCCGUCGAUUAUAGGCCCGAAUAUCGUCGAGGUUCGCGAAAGAAAGAAACGAAACGAAACGAAACGAAAGAAACGAAACGAAAGAAACGAAAGAAAGAAAGAAAGAAAGAAAAAAAGAAAAAGAAAAAAAAAAGGAAUUCCAAGGAAUAUUACACACGUACGAAGUCCAAGAAAAAUCCUUUGACGAUCAACAACACGACACGGACACGCUUUACUCUCUUACAUCCCUGAUCACGUACCUGCCUUUCGAUCUUAAACGAAAAAUCUCUCCACCACAUCUCUUUGACCCACGGUUCAGACGAUUCAGGGGAUUCGUGUCGUCAUCCCGUUUCUACCUUUUCGUUUCACUUCAAUUUAUUCCGAAGCUGCCGUUUUAAUAUAUCCAUUUCCUGCAUUUCUUCUUUCCUCGGUCGACAUGACGCUAAGUGGUAUCAGAGGUAGGUGGUCUAUCAUGGUCUCUCUGACAAGUUCGUAUAUAUAUAUAUAUAUAUAUGUACAUAUAUGUGUAUAUAUAUAUAUAUAUAUACGUGUUGCAAGGCGAUUCAAGCAUAAUAGAUAAUGCAUUCAUUGAUUUCGAAUCAUUCGUUUAAAAUCGGUCGAAUCGUAGCAUUAGAAUUGCCGUUCGUGGCAUCCAAUUAUCCGACAAUUAUUUUUCACGAUUAACAGUACAAAAAGAAGCUACGUUUUUUGUUUUUUUCGAAAUCCUUUUUUCUUUUUUUUUUUUUUUUUUAAUUUAACUAAGUAUUGAUUUACGCGAACGAUACAAGACUCGAUGUAGACAACGACGAUGGAGGAACAGUAUUGUUAAAAAGUAUGUAGAAACGUCGUUAGAAUUUUUCUUUCUUUUUUUUUUUGUAUGAUUCACACGCAUACACGCAUACACACACAUACAGAUAUAAAAAUACUUGCGUAUUAUAUACUAUUUUACGUUUUCCCAUAUUAAUCUCGGAGUGAGAGAGAUGAAAAAGAAUAUAUUAAUAUAUUUAUAUCGCGCGUUAUUUUAAACGAGAGAACUUGAAGACGUUCUAUUUGUUUUUGCUUUUUUUUUGUUUUUAACUUUUAUUAAUAUUAUUUAAGUAUUUAAUGUUUAUAAAAAAAGCGAUCGAAAUUCGACACGCUAGUCUUUUAUUUGUAGCUGUCGUAUCGAACGCUUUUCCUCAUUUAUUUUUCACUAUAUAUAUAUGCAUAUGUAUAUGUGUAUAUAUAUAUAUAUAUAUAUAGCUUUAUCGCGAAAUCGAAUUUUCGAAUUUUCAAAAGAGAUUCGAAUCUCGUGUCAUUUUUUUCAUUUCUUUUAUUUUCUUUUCUCUUCUUUUCUCUUCUUUCUUUCUUUCUUUCUUUCUUUCUUCUUUCCUUUCUCUCUUUUUUCUUUCUUCUUUUUCUUUUUUUUUUCUCUUUACGAUCGAGCAUGAUGCGAAUAUUUUGAUUGCCGUGACAACACGGUGCAAUAUCCGUUGUAUAUGAAACUGUACUACUUUUCAGAAGAUAUUUACGAUAAUACUGCAUAAUCGAAAUUAGGUGGCAGCAAUGAUCUCUUCUUUGCACGAUACAAUUUCUUUGUUGCUUUAAAAUAAGAAGAUAGUCGAUUCAGGUCGAUGAACGAUGAAGAAAGACAUCUUAUUUUCGCUGAAGUAUCUGGUGUAUUUGAGAUCUGAGGAAGAGAGAGAGAGAGAGAGAGAGAGAGAGAGAGAGAGAGAGAGAGAGAGAGAGAGAGAAGGAGAGCAUGGACGAGUGAGCGUGAGAGGAAUAAAAUGAACAAAAAUAAAAAUAAAAAAAAAAUGUGAGAACUAGAGAGAGAGAGAGUUUAAACGAAAGAGUAAGAAAGAGUAAAAAAGCAACUUAAAAAAAAAAAAAAAAAAAAAAAAAUACCAUAAAAAAAUCAAGAGCCCUUUCUCUAUUUAAACGGGGGGGCACUUCAUCCACGGGCUGUGCUUAAAGUCACAGUAUAAUCAACUUUGUAGAAUUAUAUUAGGAUAAGAAGAUAGUCGAUUACAUUGUUACAAAACUACCUACCGUUUCUCUCUCCAGUAGGGGAUUUUUUUAAAAGGUUCUUUAGAUAAAAAAAAAAAAAAAAAAAAGAAAAAAUGUGGGGGAAAAAAAAAAGAAAAUAGUGGUAAAUAAAUUAAGGUGUAGCGAGGAAGGCGGAAUAUAUAUGCGCACGGGGGCACAGCCGUGGUACCCGCGUUCAAAUUCAUUUAAGAAGACAAAAAUCUAUUGUGAUAAAUUAAUGGUGAUCCAAGAAAGUAUUUCCGCGGAAAAUACUAAAGAAAAAAAAAAAAAGUUACGCAAAAAAAAAAAAAAAAAAA